CGUGUGGUUACAGUUGGUCUUAUGCGGUUACAGGCGGGAGAAGAUCACACACUGAUAAGUGGGGCUCUGAGCCCGUUAUUUGCGCUGUCUGCGGUUAUAGACAGGCUUCCUGAUCCUCAAAAUGAGAAAAGCAACAGAAAACCAAGGAGACACUCGAACACUUGCAGAAUACUUCUCGCCGAGGAGUAAAGUAAAAGACCUCACACUCCAGCAGAACUCCCUACCACAUUUCACAUCUUUCCUCCAGGAGACUGUAAUGAAGCCCUCUCAGGUCCCUAACCGGCUUUCUCACCCGCCACCCAGGAGAAUGAGAAUAUUUCCAGUUCAAAGCCCUGAGCUGUGCCACACAGACAGACUGGGUCCACCGCGGCCAUAUCCUCAUCCUGUGGGACCGAUACAUUCAUCAGGAUUUGUUCCAAACGGCCCACUUAAUUUUGGGACCCGGGCAGUUAGGCCACUGUCUAUGCCAAGGGACAGACUGGAUCCUGCUCAACCCCCAGGGUCAAACUGUUCACCACAACUUAUUCCAGUCAGCCAAACAAACAUUGGUGCCUCCUAUAAUAAGCCACCACCCUCGCCUUCAAGGAUGUUUCACCAUGCACCCCCUCAUUCAAGGAAGGAUUUAAGCAACCACUCUCUGCCCUCCCACAUCAGGAGAGAUCAAAUGACAGAAUCCACGGUCACCUUAUCUAACUCAGGAAGGAAAAAUGCAACCGUACAACAACAAGACUUAACCAAGGCUCAAUCCAAUGAUGUAAGGAGUCCCAUACAAACCAUCCAGCUGCACAGGCCUCCUAUGACCCUGUCAGUCACCCCCAGAAAAGUUCAGGAUGUUUGCUCACUGUCACUAGCUGACUCAGAGUCCCGGAGGCCUUGUACCAGCCAGUGGCCCCAGAGGGGCUACCACCCUUCUAUGAGUACCCAGUCAUCUGACAGGAGUAGAGGUUCAAGUUUACCUAUGAUGCACAGCCCUGUUGCCCCUUACCAGGACCAGUAUCAUAAACGAACGCCUUCAAGUGAAAAGUUCAUUCCAGUUGUGGACUUGAAUAGCACAUCUCAGAAGCGGCGCAGGGAGUCUGAGGCCUCUGACGACAGUGCCAAGAAACUGUGUCUUCAGGAUGCAAACUCUGGCAAAGCACAAACACGUAAACCAACUGCUGGCAACUCACUCAGCUCUUCUCUGGUGCCGCCAUCGAGGAAUUCCUCAGGCUUGGAACCGUUGCCCAAAACCACAGAUGGCCAUCUGCGCACAGAACCGGCAUGUGGCCAGUCAACAUGCUUGGAACCAUCACCAACAUCCUGCACAUCACUGUCACCCAAACCUUGUGUAAAAAGACAACCAUCAAUGGGGGCAAAGCAGGCCUAUAUAAAUUCCAAUCAGAAUUAUGUUGUCAAGUUAACAGAUGUAAGAUCACCAAAGCCAGGUGGAGAAAUUUUGAGGAAAAGAGGUGAGGAAAACGAUAAAAGGUGUAAAUCAAGCACUUUGUUAUCCUCUGAGAUCCCCCAGAAGCACGCUGGUAGCUCACCUCAUGUUCAGUUAGGGAGCCACCACUCCGGUCAUAAUCAUAAUAAUACCUCACCCUCACCAGUCAGGACCCUGAGCAAAGUUAAGCAUAUGAAGGAGACUAGAAAGUCAGACAAUAGCACUCCCAAGCCAGUCUCAAAAUCAAACUCAGGUUCUCUGAGGCGCACGAUAGAACGGAACAAAAUAUCCCACCCACGAAGACCUGUAGUAAUAGCUGAUGAUAUAGGUGACCUUUUCACCCCUGAUCUCACGACCUAUGUUGUCUGCCCUGCACCUAAGACUGCAAAACCCAAGGUGGAUGGGGGACCAAUGAAAUCACCCUCCUCAGAAAAAAGUUGUUCAUCCAGCACUGUGGCCACCUCCAGCGCCCCAAUUACUGGAUCCUUGUGUCGCAAAGCUCAAAACUCCACAGGAACUGUUUCCCCACAUGCAGCGGAUACGACAAUCCCCUUUUUAUCAAGCCCACAAGUCUCCUUGCCAGCUGUGUCUUUAGAGCGGGUAAAACUUGAAACUUUACUAUCCUUUUCCCCUAAAGACAGUGAACUCAGAAACAGUCCCAUCACUUCUUCAAGCAGGCAGCUUAAGGAUGAGAGUGUUAAAACUGAUGAGAAACACAAACCACUCCUCCCCAACGAUGUGAGACCAUGUGCUUUAAAGACAGACACUGCUGCCUCUGAACAAACCUCGACAUCUCAUUAUUUUCAGUCCACACUGUUGGAGAGGCAGGCAGGUGAAAGGGAUAGACAGCAGGUGUAUAAAGAGGAUCCUAUAGACGUGGAGCUGGACCUAGGCCUGAGCUUUGCGUUAGAUAUGGAUCUAACUCAGAGCUCCCAUAGCAGUGACGAGGAGCAGCUGCUUUCCUUUCAGGAGAUGAUGGAGCGUGUUACCAAACCUCCAGAUACACCAGAUAAGGGAGCCUUCUCAGAGCCUAGUACACCUGGACAUGACAUCCGCCAGUCAAAAACUCUGCCGUUGCCAUCCACCACAAAGUCGGGCAUCUACAAGAAUAACCUUGACCAGAUGCUGAAGGAAAUAAACACCAAUAAGAAAGCUAAAGAGAUUGAGACAGAACUUUUAACUGCAUGUAAAGAGGACCUGUUGAGGAUAGCUGAAUAUGAGGAGGCUGAGGAGAACUGCGAGGAGGGCAUCUCCACUGAACAACAGGAAUUCCUGCAGCGCUACUCAUUGAUGUCCAGUGCAAUCAAGGAGGUGCCUCCAGGAGAAGUAGUGUUCAACCUGGAGAAAUUUGGCCGGAUCUUCAACCAGGAUACGCUGCAGCUCAGGCGAUGCAUGGCCAAUCCACAGGGCACAGCACAGAAAACACUUCUUUGGUCCAGCCCUGCUCAACUGAGGUUGCAUCUGAAUAUCGGAUUGUUCCAGGAAGCGUACGACUGUCGCUCACCCUGUCCAACUCAGGUUACCCGUUUCCUAUUCAAGAUGAUGUCAGUCCAUACUGAGAGGAUGGUUUCUGAAAAGAUUCUACAAGUUCUCUGUGAUAUCGCCUGCACUGCUGCUUAUCAGAUAGUGAAAAAUGGAAGCCAGCAGUUUAACGUGUGGGUGCCCGGUUUGGCUGAUGUGACGUUGGUCCUGAUGAAUAUGGGAGUUGCAUUUGUUACUCUUUUCCCUUUUGAAAGUCUGCAGCCUCCAUUCACAGAGGGAGAUCUACUGGAGGAUGUCUAUAUCAAAAGUGAAAGUCCCUCCAGCAACAAGGAGCAGGGCAUUUUCCCUGAACACAACUGUAACAACAUCUUGAAGUACCUGGAUUACUGUAUGGGCCUGUGUCCACGGGCCUACAGCGACAACGAGCUGCUGUUGCUGCUAACUGUGGUGGGCAGGAUGGGCCUGGACACUCGGCUCAUCCUCCAGUCCAGUGUGGAACUUUACCCUCUACAGUAUAAAAUUGUGAACAACAUCAGGGACUGGGACACCAUGCUACCCAGAAUCUGUCUGGCUCUGACUGAUCUGACAGAUGACCACCACAACAUGUGCCUGCUAGUUCAACUGCUGCCUGACAACACACGUGGAAAGCAACUGCGACGACAUCUCAGUCUGUCCAUGAUCUCUAAACUGUUAGAUGGAACUUGUACGUACAGACCUACAGAAAAAGAGUUUCAGCUCUUGGAACUGAGGCCGUACCUGCACCGUAUGCAACCCUCCACCCUUCUCCGAGGCAUGUUGAACUCCUCCAGCAGGAGUCAGAAAGAGAAAGAGGAGGACAUGGCCAUCCUAGAUCAGCAGGCUUACUACCUCUGCUACAGCCUCCUGACUUUGGCAAAUGAAGCCUCCAAUUUUCAGUUCUUCCCAGCUCGACAGAAGGAGCAGCUGCUGUUUUUGAGCUCUGAGCUGGAAAUGCAUAUUAAAUGUGACAUCAGAGAGAGUGAGAAGUGUCUUUACCGGAGUAAGGUAAAGGACCUGGUGGCCAGGAUCUACACCAAGUGGCAGAUGCUCCUUCAGAGGACCAGGCCUCUCCAUGGUAAGCUGUAUGAUUAUUGGGAGCCUCCGCCUGUGGACAUAUUGAUCAGCAGCCAGGAAGAGCAGGAGAUGGACAUCAGUGAUGGGGAGGGUACUGUGAAUGAGGAAAAUACUGCGAUGGAGGAAGAUGAAGAGGAGGGAACCAGUGGAGUUGAAGAGAAUGAGGUUGCAAUGGUUGCUGAGGAGAAGAAGGAAAAGGAGAAGGAGGGAGAUGAUACAAUAGUUGACACAAACAAGGAGAAGGAAGGAGAGGAUACAGUUGAUGACACAAACAAGGAGAAGGAAGGAGAAGAUACAGUUGAUGACACAAACAAGGAGAGGGAGAAGAAAGGAGAUGAUACAGUUGAUGACACAAACAAGGAGAAGGAAGGAGAAGAUACAAUAGUUGACACAAACAAGGAGAAGAGAGGAGAUGAUACAAUAGAUGGCACAAACAAGGAGAGGGAGAAGAAAGGAGAUGAUACAAUAGAUGACACAAACAAGGAGAGGGAGAAGAAAGGAGAUGAUACAAUAGAUGACACAAACAAGGAGAAGGAGAAAAAAGGAGAUGAUACAGUAGAUGUCACAAACAAGGAGAAGGAGAAGGAAGGAGACGAUACAGUAGAUGUCACAAACAAGGAGAAGGAGAAGAAAGGAGAUGAUACAGUAGAUGACACAAACAAGGAGAAGGAGAAGGAAGGAGACGAUACAGUAGAUGUCACAAACAAGGAGAAGGAGAAGGAAGGAGAUGAUACAAUAGAUGGCACAAACAAGACAGGGAAUGACAUGACUCAGAAUGAAAGGCUAGAAGAAAUUGAGGGAGGCGAUGCAAUUAAUGACAAAAGUAUAACAGACAAAGCAGUAGAACCGGUAUCUGAGGCGUUGAACCAAGAGAUGCCAGAGAUGGAGUGUCAAGCAACAGAAGAGCAAAUAGAUGCUGAUAGCGUAGAACGUACCGAGGGGGAGACUGAAAAUCUUAUCAUAACAGGAAGCAGCAUGUGAUUUUGUGUCAUUGAGACUUUUUAUUUGUUUUCAGGGCAUUAAUUGCCACUGCCUUAAUGUUAAGCUCAAUUUGCACUCUGAGUUUUGUUUUCUACAAUGAAUAAAGACAAAUUGCAGUUGUAUAUUUAUGAAUAUAACAAAUUUAGAGCAGAUCAGAGUUUUUUUGAGGGCUGGAGCCUCAUUUAUUUUUGGUUAGUGCCACACAAGUAAGAAAAUACUGAUUUAAUAUGUGUGUUUUUUGGAAAAUCUUGUAGUUGUGUUCAUAAAAUUUUGUAAUUUCUCAAAAACGGUUCAUAAUUUAUUGAUGUCAGUCAAAGCUGACUGUAUGUAUAUGUGUAGUUAUAUUAUUCUGCAAAUCUGCCCCCAGAAGAAACAUGCUUAAAUAUUUUUAGCUGGACCGGCCACAGACCAGCCCUUUAACCCUGAAUAUCUGUCACUCAGCAGCCACACAUUUCUCUGUUUACUGUCGUCUCAGGUUGUACAUUUACUGCCACAUCGACAACUUAUUGCUGGUUCAAACCUGUGUCCAAUCAGUUGCACUACUGUCUCAGAUUUUGUUCAAAUCCUGUCUAUAUCAUGAAUGGGCCCCAAAAGCAAGGCCUAUAUGCCAUUGUAUUUUAAUAAGGCCCUAGAUUUGGGUAAAAGUGCAAAAUUCCUAAACAAGUGGCAUUUAGGGUACCACAAACCCACAUCUUUGCACCAAUAUGAUAUUGGUCAUUAUUCUUUCUUCAAAUACAAUCUUUAUUUAAUUGUAUUUGAAGAAAAAGUAAUGGAGGUGUUCUUGUUUGCCUGGCCUGUACAAUUAUAGGAGAAACACUGCAAUAUGUUUAGAGGAAGUUAUCAGUUCAGAAAUAGGAGCUAAGUGUCC